AUGGCCCUGCAUGAAAUUUGCACAGAAGAGUGCGAUCAGCUCAUUCGGGAGGCUGUUCAGCUAUGGCUCGACAAGAAAAAAACGGAUAAGAGGAAGUUACCGAAAAGAGCACCAGGGUUUGUCUCUUCACACAGGAAAGUGUUUGUGAGCACUGGUACUCAGUCUGACUCUGAACCUAUGUUGCGGGUAAAUAUAACUGCCGAUUUCUCAAAUUUUUUAUUAAGUAAAACGUUAUUUUUUAGUGUAAUAUUGCUAUAAAAAAUUUAUUUCAUAGACAAUGACACUCACUGACUGUCUGUCUGUUGCAAAAGUAUUUGCUUAUCACAAGUUAUAUAAUUAUCUAUCCAAAAUCAAAUAUGUAAUGGUCCAGUUAACGAACUGCUAAUGUAGUAUUAGUAGUCUGUACACAUAUAUACAUGAUACUUCCUAAUCAAUAUCUUCUUCAAUUACUUCAAGGUGGAUUCACUUUCGGUAAAUGCAGAUGGUUCACCGAAGCAGAUAGAGGUUGACCUAAAUGAGGAUCCAGAGUCUGAUCCAGAUGGUGACCUUGCUGCUAAAACUGUUACGGACAAAGCAGCCUAUGUAGACCCCGCUGCUGGAAUAGAUAAUGCUGCUUUGAAUGACACGCAGAUUCUAUUUUUAAUGAACGUGUCCCCAGAUGAAUAUAACGACUGCAUAGAAGAUAAUGAUGAUCUUUCUGCGAACGAAUCUGGAUUGUCGGAUGAAGAACUAGAGUUCUAG